AUGGAGGACAGAAAAGCGGUCAUAGUCGGCAUCAGCGGGGCUUCUUCGAGCGGCAAGACCACGCUUGCCCGGCUGCUGCGCGAUGUCUUCCCCGGUACUUUCAUUCUGCACGAGGAUGACUUUUAUAAGCCUGAAGCCGAGCUCCCCACUAAAGAUGGCCUCCUGGACUGGGACUGUGCCGAGUCUCUCUCCAUCCCGGCCAUGACGCGGGCGCUGUCGCAUAUCCGUGCCCACGGUACCUUUCCGCCCUUCGUAGACUCAAAAGAAGACCAAAACUCCAUCGGCGCCUGCCCCGUCUCCUCCGCCGCCAUCUCCCUCGCCAAGGCCAAAGUCAGCGCGUGGCUGCAACCCGGCCAGCCCGGCCACUCCAUCCUCAUCGGCGAGGACCAUUCCCACCACCCCUCCCGCUCCAGCUCCCGCUCCACCAACCACCCGGACAGCCCACCCGCCACCCCCCGCCUCCGCAUCUGCCUCGUCGACGGCUUCCUCCUCUACUCCGCCCCCCUCGAGCGCGGCGGCGUCCCCUCCCUCCUCGACACCCGCCUCUUCCUGCGCGUGAGCCGCUCCAGCGCCCUGCAGCGUCGCCAGCGUCGCGACGGCUACGUCACGCUCGAGGGCUUUUGGAAGGACCCCCCCGGGUAUGUGGAGCGCGUGGUUUGGCCGAACUAUGUUGCUGCGCAUGGGUUUUUGUUUGAGGGGGGGGAUGUGGAAAGGGGGAGGUGGAGGAGGGAUGUGUUGGGGGAGAAGGGGAUUUUGGUGUUUGGUGGUGGGGAGGAGGGAAAGGGGGAGGGGGAAGGGGAAGGGGAGGAGGCUAUUGAUGUGCCGAUGGAAACUACCUUUGCGUGGGCUGUGGAUACGCUGAUGAGACAGCUUGAGGAGUUGGCUGGGAAGGGGAAGGGGACGGCGGCGACGUAG